AUGUGGUGCGUGCCAUAUGCUCCGAGCCAGUAUGUCGUCCAAUUCAUCUGCACAGUCUCCUUAGUGGCUCUUCAAAGGUACCGAACCCAGCCCCGUGCCACGUCAUCACCAUGAUUAUCAUUCUUUCCAGACACAAAUACUGUGUUCGAUGGCAGAACGGCCGUCGGUCGGCCAUGUUCUACGUGAACAUCGAUGAGACGGAUCGGGAAACGAGCGUGUGGGUCAGUUUCCCUGGAGAAGUAAAGGCGCAUCGGUGA